CCGCUGCCCCGCGGAUAUGCCGCCGCUGCGGGACCCCUCCUCGCUUCUCCCCUGCUGGCUCCUCCCGCCCUUGCGGCGAGUCGGGACGCGCUCCUCCUCUUCCCCACGGCCUCGGUUCCUCCUCCCCCCACCCGCGUCGCCACCGCCCCCUCCUGCCUCAUGGGGUCCCCGGGUCCUCGGGAACCGCGCUGGGCUCACGCGGGGGCGGGGGCGCCACCCGCCGCGGCCAUGUGGGCUGGGGCGGAAGCGGGCUGUGCGGGGUCGCUUGGCCGCGCUAGACCUCCGCGUUCUGGGAGCGGGGGCCGCCAGGUGUGCGGGCUGCCGGAGGCAGGUAGCGGCGCCGGGAAGGAGGGCAGCCCGAGCGUCGCGAGCCUCCACAUCCGCAGCACCGGCGGGGCUCGGGUCUGGGCGCUGGAGGCUGCCGGGCCGUCCGUCGGGUCCCUGCGGGGUGGGGGGCUGAAGCUACCUGCCGGGCUCUGAGAGAUGGGUGGCCCGAGGACCGUCAGAGUCGCAGAGAGGAGGAACGCUAGCUAGCUCCAGCCCCACUUCUUUGUGCUUUACUACCGUGCUUUGACACUUAAGCAACUUUGGGGGUGGGGAAGGGAGAGGUCUGUGUAAUUCAUUCUUUUCUUUCGGUAUAUAAAAUUAUUAAUUUACAAAACUGUAAGCUAACGGGAUGAGUCACCUGUGACUGAAUUUCCCAGAGUGAAAAGGACAGUUCCAUUGAGGGUUAGGCGUGAAUGCUGUAGUGUAUUUUAAGUUUUGUGCAGUAGAGCAAACCCAGCGUUGAAUGGGGUCCAGACUGAAGCGUGUGCUCGUGUUUCUGUUUACUGAAGAGUACUAGUGUUGCUGCUGCAUUUCGAGACCCAGGAUGAGGGCUGGGCGGCAAUAGUAUGGCUCUUAGUUACAGUCCAGGUUUAGUGAAGAGAGGCACAUGAAUAUUCAAAUAUUCAAUUGGUAGCGUCCUGUGGGGAGGAGAGCAGGAAUAAAGAGAAGGCCUGAUUGGGGCCCUGCCCUUGCCAAUUACUGUGCGAUCUUGAAUUAGUAAAGUUACUUAAUUUUUCUGAGUUCCAGUGUUACACUGUACAGAGGGGAUGAUUAUAGCUUUCUUUGUAAGUUUCACAGGCUUCUUCUGAGACCCAGAUUAUCCAAGGAACGUGAAAUGCUGUUAUAAUGUAAAGUCCUUUAUUUUUUAAAGGAUUCUAGUACGAUUUAACUCUGCCAUAAAUAAAAAUAUGAAUAAGAAUGAAGGCAGAUAUAUGAACACAAUACAAAUAAUAAAAGUGUUUUCCAACAUAAAACAUAGAAACGUAAAGAUACAAAUAAAUACAAUCUUUACGUCACAAUAUUUGUAGAUAAGCGAUUGCAAAAGGUCUUAGCUGUGUUAUACAGUCUUGUUUUUAGAUAGGAUAUGAUCCUUGACCUUGUUAGUAUAAUUUGGAAAAACUUGCACGUGGAGGAGUGUUGCUUGAUCUAAAAAUAGCAUUACUGAACAAUCUAAAGGACCUGUACUAGGUUUAACAUGUUGAGCAUUACUCAUGUUAAACCUAGUACACGUCCUUUAGAUUCUUUAAAAUUUCCAAAUUCUAUCUUCUUGUGGCCUGUGUGGGACCUGAACUUAAGAAACAGUGUUUGCUUUUGACAGUUGUACCAUCUGAGUAGAAUAACUUUAAAAGUAGGUGGCAUUUUGAAUUAAUAUGUAUGACAUUCUUCUGAUAAGAUUUUAAAAAGGUAGUGUGAAACCACAUUCAUGAAACAGGUAGAAAGAAGGUGAAUCACUGGGGUUUGUGGAAAAAUGCUAGACACAUUUGUGAAAACAAAACAUCUAGGGUUUAUUCCGUGUGUUAGGAUUGGAGGUAUUUACAUGUUGGAUUCUGCAGGUAUAUUUCUGGUAUCACUGUUAGACAUGCACUCAAAUAUUCCCAGAGUGGCUGUCCCAACUGUCUCUUUUUCUUCAUUUCUGUUACCACCUCCUAUGGUCAGCUUUUAAAAUUUCCCACCAAAUCAGUUGUCAUACUCUCUUAAUUUCUCUACUGUAAUUCCUCCCCUUGCAAACAAACGCCCACAAAAAAACCCUAUCAAACAAAACCUUUUGUACAGAAGUUAUUUUUCCCGCAGUCUGAUUAUGCGUAUCCCUCAUUGCUUUCAGGAUUCCAGCCCCACAUUCAGGGCCCCUCUUCUGAGCCUCUUGCUCUAGCCAAAGGCUAUGUUUACAUUCUUUCCUUUCCGAAGUGUCACCUGUCUUCUGAAAUCACAGCCGUUCCCCCAAUCCCAGCUUGAGACCUUGAUCAAGUCACUGUAACUUAUUCUAAGCUGCUUUAUACAUCUGUGAUGAAAUAUGGGCUUGGCUGGGCAUGGUGGCUCACGCCUGUAAUCUCAGCACUUUGGGAGGCCUAGGCGGGCGGAUCACCUGAGGUCAGGAGUUUGAGACCAGACUGGUAACGUGUCAAAACCCUGUCUUUACUAAAAAUACAAAAAUUAGCUGGGCGUGGUGGCACACGCCUGUAGUCCCAGCUACUCAGGAGGCUGAGACACAAGAAUCAGUUGAACCUGGGUGGUGGAGGUUGCAGUGAGCCGAGAUUGCACCACUGCACUCUAUUCUGGGCAACAGAGCAAGACUCCGUCUCAAGAAAAAAACAAAAACAAAACAAAACAAAAAACCAAAAAGAAGAAAUUAGGGAUUUUCCUUAACACUUCUCUGAUCACUAGGAGUGGUCUUUCUUUCUACUGCUCUGGUCCCUGGCCUGGCUGUCUGGCCAGCUUGUCUUUGGGAACAAACAGAACAAAACUGCAAGAGGCCUUUCUAUCACACCAUUAACAGAAGUAAGGCAUUCCCAGUUACUCUGUCACACCACCUUGUUUAUUCCUUUAUGACCUUUUGUGCAAUCUAUGAUUACCUCACCUGUUAGAAAA